GAGCUUGCGCACAGGCGAGCAUGAGCAACUCAGCAACUUGAAGGAAAAAAAACAAGCCAACACGCGUACGGAGACGGAGAUGAUACCUUUUCCAGUUAUUUUAUAAUCUUUGUUUUAUAUGGUACUGCGUGCGCGGCAUCUUCUGCUUGCUACUAAAAGUCAAUUGGGCGGACGGCCGCGAACCGACCAGGAGGAGCAGGUCAGCGGGAUACAGGACUGAGCGGCGGCGGCCAGGCCACCAGGGAUUGUGCCCCUCGAUCUCCCUCUCCCCCUGAUGUGAUUGAGGUUUGCACUUUUCUCAAUUUUCUGCACUGGAGCCGCUGGAUGUGAGUGAUGGGGUGCGUACCAACAAAGUAUGCUGGUCGGUCACUGCAUUCACUGGAUACACGGGAAGCUGUGGCCCUUGCUGCCGAAACAUCUUGUGAGAAAGUGGAUCUACCAGAUUUCGUUAAUAUUGCUACUGGAACAGCGUUUACAGUAAAUGAAGUUGAGGCACUACAUGACCUCUUCAGGAAAAUAAGUAAUUUGAUCAUCAAAAAUAAUCUAAUUAGCAAGGAAGAAUUCCAUGUUGCUCUCUUUAGGAACAAGAAGAAGAAAAAUCUCUUUGUUGAUAGGGUGUUUGAUUUGUUUGAUCAAAAACGAAAUGGUGUUAUUGAAUUUGGUGAAUUUGUUCGAUCUCUUAGUGUGUUUCAUCCAGAUGCACCUGAAGAACAAAAAGUUGCAUUUGCAUUUAAGUUGUAUGACUUAAGACAGACAGGCUUUAUUGAACGGAAUGAGUUAAAGGAGAUGGUGUUGGCUCUGCUGGACGAAUCAGAUUUGGAUAUUACAACUGAUGCUGUCGAGAUGAUUGUUGAUAGGACAUUUGACCAGGCUGACACAAAAGGUGAUGGAAGGAUUGAUCAAGAAGAAUGGACAGCAUUUGCUAAAGAUAAUCCAUAUGCACUAAGGAAUAUGACCCUUCCAUACCUUAAGGACAUCACCAUGGUAUUCCCAAGCUUUGUGGUUCAUUCAGAAAUCAGUGAAGCAGACAUGGCUGCCUAAACUGAAAAGUGAGAAGUAACUGCAAGCAUGCAACACAUCUCUGUACAUCCUGAUCUAAAUACUGAUGAAAGGGAACGCUGCAAGCUUUUUCAUCAAGAAAAGGUUUGAAACACGUCAUUCAAGCACCCGUUGUGGUUAGAAUUGUGGACUGGCUGUAAAUGGUGGAAGUAGGAAACGAGUUUUGUUGUCUUACCUACAAGCAAAGGAGCAAUGUAGCAUCCAACUCCAGCAUCACUGACCAUUGUCUAUACAUGUACAAGUGUACAAUGUCACAGCAAUUUUUCCAUUGUUGGCUGAUCUUUUUAUUAUUUCUGCUUUUGUCACGUUGGAGAAUGCUUAGACAAGGAUGUUGUAGCGUCA